AUGGACCCUGAACAGCCCAGCGCAGCUGUUGACAGCGGUCAGGUGAGGUUGGAGGCGCUGGGGUAUCGACAGGAGCUGCAUAGGAAGUUCAGCUUGUACACCAGCUUUGCCACCAGCUUGAUCUCAGUCUUUGGCAUGUCUACCUGCGCAGGUUUCUUGUCAAUUGCAUAUACAAAUGGCGGGCCAGUGUCUGCGGUGUGGGGCUGGGUGGCAGUGUCCAUUGCCAAUGUAUUCGUGGCGCUAUCUAUGGCGGAGAUUGUGUCAUCCUACCCAAUUGCUGGGGGUCCCUACUUCUGGGUGUUGGAGCUGACUAAGAAUGACAGGAGAUAUCUCAUCAUAGGGUGGCUGACAGGCUGGCUGAACGUGCUGGGGCAGUUUGCAGCAACGGCUGCCAUUGGGGCGUUGCUCGCGAAUCACAUUGCAAACAUGUGGCUGCUGGGGAAUGGACACACCUUCAGCAGUGUAGAGCUACUGCUGACCUAUGCAUUGUGUCUGGUGGCGGCGGGAUGCUUCAGUUCGAUCAGCACAGAGGGUGUGAAGCACUACACGAAUAUGGGCGCACUGUUCCUGCUGGUGACUAACCUGGCGGUAGUAAUCAUCCUCCCGCUGGUGGCGCCCGUGCAUCAGAGCGCGGAGUUUGUGUUCGGCCACUUUGACACCGAGGACACAAACGUGCAUGGCCUGCCUAAUAAUGGGUACCUGUUCUUCCUGGGGACGCUGUGUGCGCAAUUUACCUUUGUGGGCUACGAGGCUCCGGCACAGUUUGCAGAGGAGACAAAGCGAGCGGACAGGACGGUGCCAUGGGGUAUUGUGCUAUCAGUCAUUGCCAACUUUGUCCUGGGGCUAAUUGUUUGGUCUUUGUGCAUACAGGACCCUUCCACGGUCAUCACAGGCAAUGCUCAGGGCUAUGCUGCGGGCCAGAUCUUUCACGACGCUUUCAAGGCGCGGUUCGGCAGCGGUACAGGUGGCAUCGUCAUGAUGAUCAUCCCACUGGUGACCACCUUCAACAGCACAGUGCUCUCCCUGACCACCAACGCAAGGAUGCUGUGGUCGUUCUCGCGGGACGGCGGAGUGCCCCUGUACAAGGUGUGGGCGGCCGUGAACCGGCGAACGCGCACGCCAACGAAUGCAGUCUGGGCCAUGACUGCUCUGGCCUUCCUGCUGGGCCUGCCCAUGCUCUACUCCCUGGCAGCCUUCCAAGCCAUCGGGUCCAUCAGCUCUGUCGGCCUCUGGCUCAGCUACGGCAUCCCCAUAGUGCUGCGGGCGUGCAGGCGCGACUUCGAGCAGGGGCCCUUCAAGCUGGGCAGCCUGCAGCUGCCCUCCAACUUCCUGGCAGCUUCCUGGGUCGUCAUCUCCGCUGUGGCGUUUGUGCUGCCGACGAGCUACCCGGUGAACAUUGCGAACUUGAACUGGACGCCGGUUACGGUCGCGCUGGUGCUGUCUGGUGUGCUGCUGGCCUGGUUUGCUCCCGGCUGCGGCGCGCGCCUAUGGUACCAUGGCAAGGCUCACACGCUGGAGGACACCUCUGUGGUGCGCGUUCCCUCCUUUUGCAUGCAUGCAUGUCCGCCUUUGUCUUUAUGUCUAGCUGAUGGCAGGGGCGCAGGCCUUAAUUACAAACCUACAUUGGACACACCAUGCGCUUGA